AUGCAUCUUGGACAGAACAGUGUGCAUGGAUGGAUACAUUAUUUUGGAGAACACUCUUUGCUGCAGCCUCUGGGGGACAGCCUGCAGCUAAGUUACACUGACUAUUUGAGAUUGCCACUGUUCCAUAUUGUAUGGACGGCUUCUUCUUAUUUUAUUUUCUGCCUCCCUUUCCUUGUGUGUGACAUCCUGGGGGAUAAAUGGCCAUGGGUGCAACAAUUCAAGAUACAACCAGGGUGUCGGCCCGCAGCCUCUACAUAGCUGCAUUGCUCUGGUGUCACCUUGUAUAACCAUGUGUUUUUAGUGGCUCAGUGGGCAUGGAGACCACCCGUGGACUUGCCAGACCAAGCGACUCUACUGGAGCUAACUGCCGGAGUGACAGGGAAUCUCCUGCUGUUUGACUUCCAGUACUUCAUUUGGCACCUGGUCAAUCACAAGAUCCGCUGGUUAUAUGUCAUCUUCCACGCUAUCCACCCCAAUUAUUCCUCUCCCUUUGCUCUUGCCACCCAGUGCCUGGGUGGCGGGGAACUGAUCAUAGUGGGUUUUUGGACCCCCCUGAAUCGUGUGAUCCUUAAAUGUCAUCCUCUCAGCACGUGGGCUUUCAUGGUACUACACGUGUACGUUUCCAUUGAAGAUCAAUGUGGCUAUGAUUUCCCCUGGUCCACAUCACGUCUGAUACCGUUUGGCAUCUAUGGAGGCCCCGGCAAACACGAUGUGCACCAUCAGAAGCCCAACACCAAUUUUGCACCGCACUUUAGUGCCUGGGAUAAAAUAUUUGGCACACAUGCCGAUCUAAAGUCAAGUGCUAUGAAUUAG